AUGUCAGACUUCAAAACGACCUCCGAGGGGCUCGAGGAGAUCUCUCGCCUCAGCCUCAUAUCUUUCGCUCCAGCAGAAGCAAUCAUCACCGAUGUGAAGCACCUGGCGUCUUACAAUUGGAUCGAAGCAUCCACACCCACCAUUGCUGUCCCGGGUAGCCCAGCUCAGUGGUCCGCUCCACUAGGGCCCCGUCAAGUGAAGAAAGAUAGCGGCCUUGUGUAUAUUUCUCAGAAUGCCGCUCGACACCCGGACAGUCCUCUAGAACCGUUAUUCCGCUCCCUUUACAUCGAGCACCCCUCGUUCGACAUAAACUCAAUCGACAUUGUGACCGACCGAAACAAUAUUCGUAAGCUUCUGUCAUUUGUCAAGCCGGCUCUGAGCAAAAAUGGUCUCGAUGCAUUCACUAUCCAGGUGGAUAUGACUGCUCAGACUGCAAUCUUCUCCCGUGACGAGACAGCAACCUACGAAGUUAUUAGGCCAGGCGAAUUUCGGGGCUUUGGGCAUGAAUUCGAAAAAGCAUUUACGAUCCCUCAGGUCAAAGGCAGUACUGGGCACUAUCGCAUAAUUUCAUACCGGCUAGGUGGUCUGAGUUUUCUCGUGCGCCAUGAGACAGACGGAUAUGUGAAAGAUUUGAAAUCCAGUGUAAAGGAUAAAAAAUCAACAGGGGACGAUCUUGUCGACAUCUUAAACUCCUUAUCCCUCACGCCGAAAACCACCCAUAUAGAAGAGCCCUCCGUUAAAUCCAAGUUGACUAUCAAGAAGGAAGGUCAGAUAGUAUCACGGGAAUCGACCCUAGAGAUCAAAACUAGAGUUUUCCACAAAUCUCUAGAGCUAACAGAAGUUGGGGCUCAGCUCUAG